CUCUUCUUUGUUCUUCACCACCAUUUGGACCCGUCCCAGGGUGGCUACCGGGCCCAUUUCCCUUGUUCACCUGGUUGGUGAUCCCUUGUUCUUUCGUGCGGUACUUUCACUUGCUUUACUGCACUAAACUUCUUGUUUUUGGCCUACCAUGUCUUCUUCUCCAGGUGGUACUGGGGGUCCAGUUUUGGCAUCGCCGUCUACGUCUACAUCGGUACCACCUUUCACAGCUUCGUCAACAUGGACAGACCCAUUCAGCUCAACGUCCAGCGACCAAGGGACUAGCACCACUAGCAGCAGCAGUGAUAGUCUUGGGGCUGGGUCGGGGAACGAUGGUGGCAGCCUGAAUUCAUCUGCGUCGUUGUAUCUAUACACUUUCCUAGCAACACUCAUAUUGCUGCUCGGCGUUUCAGCAGCGAUCGUGUUUCGGUCUCUGAUUCUUCGAAGGCGCCACAGACGCAUGGUCAAUGAAGCCAUUCUAAAUGGCACUUGGAUCCCACCUGCCAGCAGGCGGGGCAUGCGCUUUGACCCUUCUCAAAAACCUAUCAUGUAUGAAGCAGCCAUGAACAUCGAAAAGAACCAUCAUGAUUGGGAAGCAUGCAAGCCUUUUUCUGUAUCAUACACGGUCGCUGCCUCGAAACGUACACCGCCUCUGGUGCCUCCUCCCCUACAGCAGGACAACUCUGCUCGGGCUCGCUUUCACCGGAUAUGGUCGCACGUUGACGCCUCUCCGCUCCCACCACCCCUUGCAUCCCCAGCGCUGGACGCACCUCUACUCCCUGAUCCUUCGGGCGGACCAUUGCGGCUGUCCGUCCUUGUCGCGAUGCCAUCGCAGCAUCACCAGGAGGGGCUGCCGCAUCUCGAGUUUGGCACGACAGAUAUCCCUGUUGCAUAUCCCGCAGGUGAAGAUGACGCGAGCCCGAAUGCGGGGAACAAUACCAAGAGUAUCAACAGUUCGGCGGAAGAUAACGUGUAGGAUAUGACAAGAUACGGUUCUUGUACUUUACAUUACAUUACUUUCAGCUAAUGACACUGGUGCCCACGGCUUGACUGGCCGCUAUGCCCGAACGGGUUAGCUCAUCAUUGGUAACAACGGGCGGUCUCGGUGUAGCGAUCUUGUCGGCGUUGUCCGUGAACCCUGAUCUGCAAGAAACGAG